UUUGAAAAAAACAAUUCAGAGCUUCUUCUUUCUUUUUGAACAACUCUGGAGCUUAUUCUAUAAUGGCGUUUUCUUCCAUUUCUUGGUCCUUUACAAUAUUUUUCAUAAUUUUGCAAAUGUUAAUCAUGUUAUGGAGUGGUAGCUGGCAUGCUAAUGGAUGUUAUACCUCCAUCUUCAGCUUCGGUGACUCCCUAACAGACACCGGUAACUUAAAACAAGUGGCCUCCAUAACCGACGGGUUCUUUCCUUUUCUUCAGCCGCCUUACGGUGAAACCUUCUUUCAUAAACCCACUGGUCGUUGCUCAGAUGGCCGACUAAUCAUUGAUUUUCUAGCUGAGAGUCUCGGGUUGCCAUUGGUACGACCAUUUCUGCAUGACUGUGACAGUGUCAUUGAGCCGGGACAAGGAGUUAACUAUGCUGUGGUGGGCGCGACAACAUUGAAUUCAUCGUUUCUUGAAGCAAGAGGAACUGUUAAUGAUUUGACAAAUGCCUCUUUAGGAGUUCAGUUGGCAUGGUUUAAACAACCAUUAGCUUCUAUUUGCAGCAACGUUUCAAGUAACCAAUUAAGCAGUUGUAGUCUAUACUCUAUACAACAAGAUUGUAGAAACUUAAUUGGACGUUCUUUGAUCUUAGUUGGAGAGAUUGGUGGAAACGAUUACAACUAUCCGAUAACAGAUGGAAAAACCAUUGAUGAGGUCGAACCAUUCGUUCCUCUAGGAAUUGAUUCAGAUGGGGGGCACAAACACUGGUCGUUCCAGGAGAAUUUCCACUUGGAUGUUCUUCUCAAUAUUUAACAAUACGUGGUUCUGAAAGUGAAGAGUAUGAUAGCACAACAGGCUGCCUCAUCAAGUUCAAUAAAUUUGCCGAAUACCACAAUGAACUGCUGCAAACAAAACUAAAUCAGCUUCGAGAGCUUCAUCCCAAUGCCAUCAUCAUCUACGCUGACCACUACAAUGCUGCCAUGCAAUUUAUCCGUUCUCCAGAUAAAUUUGGUGCAUAAUAUAUAUGUGUUCCGAAACUAACUUGAAUCAUUUUCUGCAUCUCAAAUAUUAAUAUGAUUUCAUGUCUAUAUUGUCCAUUAAUGGCAUUGUAGGAUUUACAAAUGGUGCUCUGAAGGCAUGUUGUGGAGUUGGAGGUCUGUAUAACUACAACAGAUCAUCUCAAUGUGGAUUGUCGUAUGUGCCUGUGUGUGAUGAUCCGAAUACGUAUGCUGUGUGGGAUGGAAUACACUAUACAGAAGCAGCAUACAGAAUAAUUUCCGACAGUUUAUUUCAAGGGGCAUACACUUGGCCCCAGUUUAAUUUGGUGUGCCCAUUUCAUUCGGUGGCGAGCUCAUAGGAAUAUGUAUGCUAAUAUGUAAUCUAGAUAUUUGCUCAAAUCCUCCUUAAUAAAUAAAGA